AUGAUUCUAAUCUAUCUAUCUAUGUCAGUCUAUUCACAUCUAUCUCAAUCUAUCUAUCUAUCUAUCUAUCUAUCUAUGUCAGUCUAUUCACAUCUAUCUAUCUAUCUAUCUAUCUAUCUAUCUAUCUAUCUAUCUAUCUAUCUAUCGUGUCCUCGAUUUUAUUUCCUCCAUUUACUCGUUCUUUAUUCUGUUUCUUCAUUAUUUGUGCUUUCUUCUUUUCCUGAAUUAUCUUCCUUUUAUUUCCUCUUUUCAUUCUUUUUCAAUCUUCUUCAUUUUAUUUUCUCCUUCUUCCUUUUUCUUCUGCUUCAUUCUUUUUUUUUUAAUUGUUCAUUAUUUGUUGCAAUUGUAUUUCUUAUUUUUCUUCAUUCAAACUUCAUCGUCUGCCUGCUUCCCUUUUCUUAUAUUUCUUGUUUUUCAUUUCCUUCGUAUGUCUUUCAUUUCCUUCGUAUAUCUUCCUUCUUCUUCUUCUUCUUCUUUCUAUUUUAUCUUUAUUCAUCACAUUUCUUUUCUUCUUCUUCCAAUAUUUCUUCUUUAGCUCUCUCUCUCUCUCUUCUCUUUUUCUUUUUACUUCGCCACCGUCUUCUUUUUUUAUUUCUCUAUCUAUCCUUAUUUUUCAUUUUCUUUGAUACCUGCCUUCUUACUUUCUCGUAUUUUCUUUCUCUUUUCUUUCUUUCUUUCUUUCUUUCUUUCUUUCUUAUUUUUGUUUUCUUUCCUUCACUUCAUCAUUCCUUAUUUUCUUUUCUCCCUCUUUUCCUCCGCCAUUUUGUUUUUAUAUUUACCACUGGGGCGGUCGUUCACAAACAAGCACUCUUCGGAACAUUCUCGUUCUCUUUUUCUUUCCACUCGGUGCUUCUACUCAUUACGGGCAAAAAAAAAAAACCUUUCCCUCUCCUUCCUACCCAUCUUCGUUUUCAUCUCUGUUCAAAUGUUGUCUCUCGUCCCAUGUCAACCCUCCAUCGUCGAGCACUUGUCAUUCAUUUCAAAAGCGUUAUCGAGUCCUUACUGGAGAAAAAAUAUUCCCACUCUCCAACCUCUCUCUCUCUCUCUCUCUUUCUCUCUCUCUUUCUCUCUCUCUCUCUCUCAGGCGGGAUGUGGAUUUCGCGAAAGAAUGAAGAAUUGUUCUGGUUCUUUCUUUCUAACGUCUCUCUUUUGUUCAUUUUUAUUUCCAUUCUGUUUAGUUUUUCUCUUUACUCAAUAAGCAUUUUAUUCACUCCCUCUUUCUUUCACAUCUAUUCUCUUCAUUAUCAAUUAGUAACGUCCCUCUUCGCCGCCAUCUUGCCGGCCAUCGUCGUUUUCUCGUACAUUUUAUUUAUUUUUUAUUAUUGUCUUUUCUUCACUCUUCUUGGCUAUCUUCAUCUCAUUAUAUCUUUCUUUUUUAUCAUUCCCUUUAUCUUUCUCCAUUUUUCUCCUUCUUUAUUUAAAAAUAAAAAUAUAAUCGACUCUUUUCUACCGACAUGA